CCUGAGCACGACCGCCAUGGUGAAGGUCCAGGUCACGGACGUCAACGACAACCGUCCGACCUUCUACCCGCGCCAGUACAAGGUCAGCGUGCGCCGCGAGGAGGUCAGCGCGGCGCCCGUGGUGGUCGUGGCCGCCACCGAUCCCGACGCGGCGCAGAACGGCCGCGUCCGCUACGACAUCGUGCGCGGCAACGGCAAGGGUUUGUUCCGGAUCGACCCCGACUCUGGCGAGGUGUUCGUAACGGGGCCGCUGAGCGCCUCUCCGACGGAGCACCAGCUGGAGGUGGAGGCGACGGACGGCGGCGGCCUGCGCUCGCUGGAGGCGGCCCGGCUAGCGCUCAGCGUCACCGACAGCCGCCAUCGGCCGCCAGAGUUCGAGCGCGCCCGCUACCUGUUCGCCGUGAGCGAGGACGCCGCCGUCCGCUCGGAGGUCGGCGCCGUGCGGGCCGCCGCCGGCCAGACAGGCGGAGAGGUCAGCUACAGCAUCUACACGGGCGAUCCGGAAGGCUCGUUCGCCAUCGACCCGCAGUCGGGUGUGAUUCGGACCGCCACCCGGCUGGACCACGAGACCCACACGUCUGUACUACUCAACGUGCAGGCCAUGUCGGGCCGGCCGCCCACCUACGGUCACACGCAGGUGAAUGUGACCAUCGGCGACGUCAAUGACUUCGUGCCCGAGUUCGAGUCGCUCGAGGCGACGCUCUCGCUGCCGGAGAACGCCGAGCUGCGCACGGCCAUCUACGCCGUGCACGCGCGCGACCUCGACUCGGGCGACAACGGGCGCGUGCGCUACCGGCUGCUGCGCAACCCGGAUGACGCGUUCGCGAUCAACGCGCGCGACGGCACGCUCUCGCUGGCCAAGCCGGUCGACUACGAGCGGCGGCGCGAGUACGAGCUGGUGAUCGCCGCCACGGAUAUGGGCUCGCCGCCGCUCUCAGCCAACCUCACGCUGCACAUCGACGUGCAAGACUUCAACGACAACGCACCGGCGUUUGAGCUCGAUGAGUACGAGGUGGCCGUGCGCGAGGACCUCGACGUGAACGCGCAGGUGCUGCAGGUGACGGCCACGGACGCCGACACGGGCAAUAACGCGCGCCUCACGUACCGGCUGGUCGAGUCGCCCAGCAAGCUGUUCGGCAUCUUCCCCAACAGCGGCUGGGUGUACCUGCGCGGCCAGCUGGACCGCGAGACGGUCGAUCUUCAUCGCCUCACCGUGCAGGUGACCGACAACGGCACGCCGGAGCGGAGCGCGCGCGCGCGCGCGGUCGUGCGCGUGCUCGACGUCAACGACCACGCGCCCGAGUUCAGCAACGAGACGUACGAGUUCGCCGUGUCGGAGAACUCGGCGGUGGGCGUGGCGCUCGGCUCAGUGUCGGCUACGGACCGCGACCUGGGCGCCAACGCCUCGCUCCGCUACAGCCUGAGCCCGGCCAACGGCAGCUUCCGGGUGGACCCGCGCACAGGCGCCGUGAGAACAGCCGCCGAGUUGGACCGCGAGCUGAUCGAGUUGUACGAGUUCUCGGUAGAUGUCUCUGACGACGGCUCCCCACCGCGCCACUCUUCCGCGCUCGUCAAGGUCCGCGUGCUGGACGACAACGACUCGGAGCCGCAGUUCGUGGAACCGCUGGACGGCGUCAUCAGCGUGCGCGAGGAGCAGCAGGCUGGCUCCGAGGUGGUCCAGGUGCACGCCACCGACGCUGACCUGGGCCAGAACGCCUCCAUCGCCUACAGUCUGGCGCCGGGUGUGGACGCGGGUGUGGACGGUGCGUUCAGCAUUGACUCGGUCACAGGCGUCAUCUCCACCACCCGGGUGCUGGACCACGAGGCGAAGGCGGUGUACCGGCUGGAGGUAGUGGCACGGGACGGCGGCGCUCCGGCUCGGCAGGCCAGCCACCCCCUCACCAUCAACGUGCUGGACCUGAACGACAACUCGCCCACCUUCACCACCUCUAGCCUGUCGUUCACCGUGCGGGAGAACUCGCCGAUUGGCUUCCAGGUCGGCAUGGUGGAGGCCAUUGACCGGGACGCCGGCGAGAACGGCCGCGUCACCUACACCAUCCUCAGCGGCAACCUCAACGACACAUUCGACAUCAACCGGGCGACGGGCGCGCUCAUCACCACGCGAGAGGUGGACUACGAGAUGGCCUCCGAGUACCAGCUGCAAAUUUCGGCCGUCGAUGCCAGCGCCACAAACCCGCAGAACAGUGAGGUAGCCGUCACCGUGCUGGUGCAGGACGUAAACGACAACGCUCCCUCCUUCGCCGAGGACCUGAUCCUGUUCUCUGUGGCCGAGGAUCUGGCGCCCGGCUCAGCUGUUUGGAACUUCACGGCCACGGACAGCGACAGCGGCCCCGACGGCAUUGUCAGGUACAGCCUGGGCCAGCAGUCGCCAGAGCCGGCGUUCGCCAUCGACCAGUACACGGGCACGCUCACGCUGCGGGACGCCAUCGACUACGAGCAGCACGCCGAGUACACCAUCAUCGUCACGGCCACGGACCAGGGCGAGGACGAGCAGUCGCGCCUCAGCACCUCGGUCACCUCGCAGAUCAUCGUCGAGGACGUCAACGACCACGCGCCCGUGUUCGUGCGCGCCGGCGGCGCCGGCCUGACCGUGCAGCGCGACGAGCCGGUCGGCCAUCCGCUGCUGCACGUGAUCGCUGUCGACGAGGACUCGCGCGACAACGGCCGCGUCACGUACCGCAUCGUGGACGGCGACUCGGACCAGGUGUUCCUCCUGCAUGAGGAGACCGGUCUGCUGUCUGUGGGCAAGCCCCUGGACGGCCAGUCGCAGACGGAGUUCGCGCUGAAUGUGACGGCCUCAGACCACGGCCAGCCAAUGCAGCAGACUUCGACUGUCGUUGGCGUCACUGUGCAGCCUGUGCUCGACAGCCGGCCCCUGUUCGGCCGCGCGCUGUACCGGGCCAACGUCAGCGAGAAGUCGCCCAUCGGCUCGUUCGUGGUGCGCGUCUCGGCCGACGAUCUGAACGAGGGUGGCGACGGCGGGCUGACGUACCACAUUCCGGACGGGCUGGCCGGCGACAUGUUCCGCGUGGACGCGCGCACGGGCGAGGUGAGCACGGCGGCGCGGCUGGACCGCGAGACGCACGCCACCCACGUGCUGACCGUGUACGCCCGCCUCGACUCGACUCCGCCUAGACUCGACGCCGCCACCGUCGUCGUCGGCGUGCUCGACGAGAACGACCACUCACCAGAGUUCAAGGGCUCCUGCUACCCGCUGCGCGUGCCAGAGAACAGCGAGCAGGCUGUGGUGCACGCUGUGGUGGCCGUGGACGCUGACAGCGGCAGGAACGGCGAGAUCAUCUACAGCAUCACCGACGGCAACGUGGGCAACAAGUUCUCGCUGGACACGGCGUCUGGCGCGCUCUCGGUGAGACCGCUGGACCGGGAGGUGCGCGACGCCUACCGGCUGGAGGUGACUGCGCAGGACCGCGGCUCACCGGCCCGGCGCGCCACGUGCGACCUGCACGUGCGCGUCCAGGACCAGAACGACAACGACCCCGUGUUCCAGCGGCGGCAGUACCAGGCCCAGGUGGCCGAAGACGCUGCCCUGGGCACUGACGUCAUUACGGUCAAGGCCACGGAUGACGACAGCGGGCCGAACGGCCGCAUCACCUACAGCAUCAAUAACGAGACCCAGUGGCGCUUCCGCAUCGACAACGACAGCGGCAAGAUCACCACGGCUGGCACCUUCAACCGGGAGCGCCAGUCCACCUACACGUUCGAAGUGCAGGCGAUGGACGGCGGCCAGUACAACGCGCGCGCCACGCGCGCCACGGUCACCGUGACGAUCGAGGACGCCAACGACCACCGGCCGGUGCUGGCGCGCUACCCGUUCACGGCGCGCGUGCCGGCCCACACGCGCCAGGGCGCCGAACUGUUGACCGUGACGGCCGUCGAUGAGGAUGAUGGCGCCAACGGCCGGAUCAGCUACAGCUUCACAAACCAGCCGGCCAACGGCCCAUUCCGAAUCCACCCGGACACGGGCGUAGUGAAGGCCAUUGGGUCCCUCAGCAAGGAGUCGGGCCGGCUGUUCCACUUGGAGGUGAUCGCCCGAGACGGCGGCAGUCCGCCGCAGACGGCCUCCGGGCUGGUGGAGAUCUACGUCGGCGAGCAGCGCGAGCUCACCACGCUGCGCUUCCAGAACGACACGUACCGCGGCUCCGUGGCCGAGAACGCCCCGGCCGGCACGGACGUCGUCCAGGUGACGGCCGUGCGCAGCGACGGUCGCCGCCAGCGCAUCACCUACAGCUUCGGCUCCGGCAACGAGGACGACACGUUCGAGAUUAACGCCAACAACGGGCUGAUCCGCGUGCGCGACCCGCAGCGGCUGGACUUCGAGCUGACGCGACAGCUGCGGCUGGUGGUCGUCUCGCAGGCCGAGGGCGCCACGCCACUCUAUGGGUACGCCUCAGUGCUGGUGGAGCUGACGGACCAGAACGACAGCGCCCCCCGCUUCACGCAGGACGAGUACAUCAGCGCUGUUUGGGAGGGCAACAACAAGGGCACGUUCGUGGUGCAGGUAUCAGCGACUGAUGCCGACACGGGACCUAACGCCAGCGUGGUCUACAGCAUCUUGGAAGGCAACCUGGACGACGCGUUCGUCAUCGAGUCGCCGUUCUCGGGUGUCGUCAGGACCAACAUCGUGCUGGACCGCGAGAUCCGCUCCUCGUACGAGCUGACGAUCGUCGCCACGGACCAGGGCCGACCGGCGAUGGUCGGCUCGUGCGCGCUGCGCAUCAGUGUGAUCGACGUGAACGACAACCGGCCGACGUUCCCGCCGCACUCGGUCACGAACGUGAGCGAGGGCGCGCAGGUGGGCGCCGUGGUGACGGCCGUCACGGCCAACGACGUCGACACGCAUCCGGCGCUGACGUACAGCUUCGCCGGCGGCGCGGCGCGCCAGGACGCCUUCGCCAUCGACCGCUUCACCGGCCAGAUCACGCUGACGGAGCCGCUGGAUCGUGAGGCCCGGCAGCAGUAUGUGCUGCGCGUGACCGCCUCGGACUCGGCUCACCUGGCGGAGACCAAUGUUACCAUCAACGUGCUGGACGUGAACGACGAGCGGCCAGCCUUCUCGGAGAGUUCAUACUCGGCCGGCGUGCUGGAGAUGAGCGGACCCGGCGUGGAGGUGCUGAGCCUGACCGCCACGGACCGCGACCUAGGCGACAACGGCCGUCUGACCUUCUUCCUGCUGACGCCCACCACCGAGUUCUACGUGGAGCCUGACACGGGCGUGCUCUUCACCAACACCACGAUGCGUUUCGAGCCGGGCCGACCGGUGCGCCAGCUGGUGGUGGGCGUGCGGGACGGCGGCCGGGCGUCGCUCAGCGCCGCUGCCGCCGUCUCCAUCCACGUGGAGGACAUCAACAACCACGCGCCGGAGUUCGAGCAGACGGUGUACAGGGCCAGUAUAGGGGAGGAUACGCCGAUGGGUCACGUGAUCAUGAAGAUCACUGCGGAGGAUAUGGAUGAGUCGCGUCACAACCGCAACAUCGACUACUCCUUCGUCAGUGGCAACGAGGACGGCAUGUUCCAGAUAGCCAGCACCAGUGGCGAGGUGAUCCUGCUGCGGCCGCUGGACCGCGAGCACCGCGCCCAGUACGUGAUGGAGGCGGCCGCCAGCGACCGCGGCACGCCCGCCAGGAACGCCACCGCCCAGGUGGUCAUCCAGGUCACCGAUGUCAACGACCACGAGCCCAAGUUCAACCAGUCCGAGUACACAGCCUCCGUGAGCGAACUGGCGCAGGUGGGCUCGGCCGUGCUACAGGUGCACGCCACGGACCGCGACGCCGGCCAGAACUCGGCCGUCGUAUACGACAUCACGUCCGGCAACGACCACGAGGUGUUCCAGCUGGACCGCGACACGGGCCUGAUCCGGCUGCGCAAGCGGCUCGACUUCGACCGGCUGGCCGAGUACCGGUUCAUCGUGCGCGCCACCGACCGCGACCGUGCGCACCCGCUCUCAGCGCUCGCCACCGUGCGCGUGCGCGUGCUGGACGAGAACGACAACGCGCCCAGCUUCCCGCAGCCGGUGUACUACGCGUUCGCCACGGAGAACGAGCCGGCCGGCCGGCCCGUGUUCACGGCGCACGCCAACGACGCCGACCGCGGCCGCUACGUCACCACGGCCGCCGUGUUCGACUACGAGGCGCGCGACGUGUAUGCCUUCACGAUCAGUGCUACCGAUUCGGGCGGCCAGACGGCUACGGCGCAGGUGCGCGUCACGGUGCGCGGCGUCGACGAGUUCGCGCCCGUGUUUGUGCGCUCGCAGUACCGACUGCGCGCGCCGGCCGACGGUCCGCCCGGCUACGUGGUGGGCCGCGUGGCGGCCACCGACCGCGACCGCGGCCCCGACGGCGUGGUGCUGUACCACCUGCGGACGCCGCACGGCUUCUUCCGCGUCAACAAGACGAGCGGCGAGAUUGUGCGAGCGGCUGGAGGUUGUGGCAUCUAG